AGCGAAGAGCAGGACUGGAGCAGCAGUGGUCACGGCACAGGGCGCCGGCAACGGCAGGCAUCCAUCCAUCCAUCUAUCUAUCUAUCCAUCCAUCCAUCCCGGGGGUGGGAACGAAGCCCGGAGCGGAUCUGGAGGCGGAGGAGGAGGUGGGGGGGGGGGGGGAGGAAGGAAGAGGAGGCGGCGAGCGGGAAGGAGAGGAGAAUGGUGUCGCCGGUUACCGUGGUGAAAAGUGAGGGACCUAAACUGGUGCCUUUCUUUAAGGCAACCUGUGUAUAUUUUGUCCUCUGGCUGCCAACCUCUAGUCCAUCGUGGUUCAGUGCACUGAUCAAGUGUCUCCCUAUCUUCUGUCUCUGGAUGUUCUUGCUGGCUCAUGGAAUCAACUUCCUCGGAACACAGCCCAGUGCGAGAAAGAUCUUGGCAGGCCUGAUAUUUUCUGCUUUGGGGGAUGCAUUUCUCAUCUGGCAGGAGCAAGGCUACUUUAUUCACGGCCUGCUCAUGUUUGCCAUCACGCACGUCCUCUACUCCUCAGCCUUUGGCAUGAAACCCAUGAAGCCUGUGCCCGGUUGUGUGGUGACGGUUAUCUGCGGAGUCUCUUACUUAAUGCUGUACCCGUACCUCUCUGGUCCCUUCACCUACCUGGUGGCAGUUUACAUCACUUUGAUCGGAUUCAUGGGCUGGCGUGCUAUUGCUGGGAUGCAACUCUUCAACGACCUCUGGACGUGGACUAAGCUAUCUGCCUGCCUUGGAGCUGUGCUCUUCAUGGUGUCCGACCUCACCAUCGCAGUCAAUAAGUUCUGCUUCCCUGUGCCUUACUCCAGGGCCAUCAUCAUGGCCACUUAUUAUGCUGCCCAGAUGCUCAUUGCUCUGUCAGCAGUGGAAUGCAAGGACGAUCAUGAUAGAACCAUUCAAAAAAUGAACUGAGGCACAAUCUCCCCUUGCACAAUAACAAGCAUUGCUGAGUUCCAGUGGGACACAGAAACCUGCAAAAACUAUGGUGUGAAUCUGAUUUCAAGCCACAUGGUUUAUUUUGAUAGGUUUGCUUCUGUGUUAGCUCAUUGUACCUUACGAGUAGUGGUCUUCAGUCAGGUGGGUGAGAGGACAUUGGCUGAUGCCAGCUAAGGUGGGUCUUCAUCUGACCCCUGAUGAGGGUCUUUCUCCCACUGCAGUUCUGUGCGGUAAGCCCUCUACUCAUCAGUAACUUGAUGGAAGUUGUCCAUAUUCAUUUCAGUUGCGAACCCUAGAAUCAGAGUGGGAGAAAGAUUGCAAGCGAGCAGGUCUCACGAUAGCAAAAACUGAAUGAUGUGAUAAUCAGGUUAACCUGAAACCUGUCUUCCUGACAAUAUUCCUAAAUUCCCUUUGCUUCAAAUCUGGAAGCUUUAUAACCAAUACCUGUGAAUUUAUGUAUGUUUCGGGGAGAGGUUAAACCAGCACUUAAAGGCAAUUGGAUAAGAUUUAACAGUGAAUAUAAAUGAAAAGGAUCCAUACAAAGUCGUGAAAACUGACAAACAGGGAAAGAUCAGGUCCAUUUAAGUUUAUCCCACACUGAUGUGAUAUCUUGCACAUUACAAUGCAUCUCUACCCUAUUCCAGUGGGAAGCUAUGUAAUCUCCAUGGAGAGUUCAAGAAAUGUAAAUGUCCAGCCCAUUUAAGGAGAGAAAUUGUGGAAAAAUGCUUUUCUGACUUCUCAAGGGAUUAAUCUAGUCCAGGAGACUACUCUUACUUUGACUAUAUUAUACAGUACCUGCCUCUUGCUUUAAAACAAAAAGUCACUGUUUCAGGGAAAAAUUAGAGGAACAGGGCUGCAGUACAUAGCUCCAGUUAGCUGACACAGUUUUCAUGGCCAAAUUUCUUCCUCCAGUGCUUGCAAAAUUGUUUUAAAAUGAUGUACCUUUUGCUGGAAUCCUUUCUGUGCAAGCAUCUCUUUGUUUGCAGCAACUAACCUAAGGAAUGGCCACCCUACAAAAUAAGGUGGAUUUCAAUCCUUUACUCUUGAGUAAGCAUCCGCUUUCCGUGUUGUAGAUUGGAAGUUGAGGGAAAAAAAUAACCCUUUUACUGUUCUGUGCUGCAGAGGACAACUGCUCCUUUUAUCCAGUACACGCUGGUGCUAUUUGACAUAAAUGUCUGUUUGUUGUUGUAAUUUUCCGAGUCUAUGCUCGUGAUAAGGGGCAGAAAAUUGAUGAAAGAUUAUCCAUGAAUUUUGGGCGCAUUGGCCAAUGGGUGGUACUCCCCAUAAUAUACUCGAAUUUAGACUCAUAAUGAAAAUGUAACAAUCUCAUCAAUUUUAAAAAGCAAAUUUCUGUUUUAGUUUGCUUCUACUCUGAUUUCCUCUUCUGCUUCCCCCCCACCUGGAAAGAGGUGAGACAAGGUGGUGUUUGCAUUGAAGGAUACCAUCUGGUAUAUCACCAUAUAUAUAUAUAUAUAAGCUGAUGCAGAUACAUCGGGUGAUAGAAGAUGGCACAACUGUGGUGGUACAACCUUGCUCUCACCCCAUGUCUGUGCAUACUUUCCCAGAGGACCUACUGGAUAUCAAUCAGCAGCAGCAGCCACCCUGUUCCUUCAUUUUGUACCUUCCAACCAGUAGCACCCAAGACCUUUGGAGCACUUACUAGUAAGUGGUAGCUGAUAGAGCCACUGCCUCACAGUAAUAGAGACUCAGGUUUGAUCCUGACCUCAAUUUCUGUCUGUGUGGAGUUUGCAUGUUCUCUCUGUGACCACAUG